GUUUAAAGAGACUCAUAGACCCGGUAGUCCCUGGACAUGGUGUUCAGGUGUGCCAGGUAGAAUUUACGCUGCAUUAUUUGAGUCAAGUGCCAAGUAGCAAAUGUUUGGGGUAACACAUCAUGCUAGAUACCGCAGCCUGCUUCUGCGCUGUAAGCCAUCAAGAGUCUGAUAGGUCCAACUAAGCAUGCUGCCCAAAGCACCGCCUCUGCAAUGUAUCAUAAGGCAGACUCUUCUAAAAUCCCAAUGAUCCCCUCUCUAUAAGUUAACCUUUCUUAACUCCUGGCUCAAUUGAGUCGUUAUUACUUCUUUGCCUUGUAUGGGAUCAGUGUUUGGAUAGUGGUAAUGGCGACAACUCCUCCAUCGUGGCUCGAUGAUGCCUUCAAGUCGGCUAAGGAAGAGUUCAAGAAAAGCCUCAAGAACCCAGCCUUAUAUGAUUUCUCAAAAAUUAAUUCUCCCGAUGAUGUAAUCCACGAAGCAAUCAAGAUACAGAAACAGCAAGAAAAGACUAAGACGCUCCGAGGUUUAAGACGUAUCGACCCACUCAUCAGUGGCCUGAAGGAAUAUGCUGCCGUCAUUGAACAAUUCGUGCAAGCAAAACCUGAAAUCAUGAGCCUUAUUUGGGGUCCGCUGAAGCUCAUACUCCAAGUCUCGAGCGCUGUUAUUACAGCUUUCGACAAAGUAGUCAAAGUCAUAGCCGAGCUAAGCAUGACGCUCCCUAGUUUCAAUAUCUACGCCCAAUUAUUCGAGUCCAACUAUAGCAUCCGCCGGGCAGCAUGUCUCUUCUACGCCGAUAUCCUUGACUUCUAUGCUAUUCUCCUGAACUUCCUUACCCAACGACGGUUAAAUGUAUUUCUGGAGUCCUUAUGGCCGAAUAUCCGUUCGAAAAUAGCAAAAGUCCAAGAGAACAUCGAGCACCACAAAGCCAUGAUGACGGUAAAUGUAACACUCAAAGACAUCUUAGAAGCACACAAAGCUAGGAAACUCGCUCUCGAAGAGCACGCACGUGCAGAAGCGUUCCGAGAGAGCCAGACCUUCAGCGCCAUCCGUAACGAACUGAACCCACAUAACUACGAUGCAGAGUUGGCGGACACCUUACGCCGGAGCUCUGUAGCAUCUGGUAACUGGUUAGACAAUGAACCAGAUUUUAUAAGAUGGCGUGACUUUGCGGAUAGUGCCGUGCGAUGUUUGUGGCUUCAUGGUAUUCCUGGUUCUGGUAAAACAUUCCAGGUCAGUAACCUCGUUAAGAGGAUGCAAGACUGUAACCAACGGGUGCUAUUCGUAUUCCUGUCUCACGACAACCAGGCUGACGGCGAUACUAUAAAAGUCCUUCACUCGCUCAUUUUCCAGCUUCUCGAACACGACGCGACACUCCGACCUAUCCUCCACAAGGCCUCUCAGUCCGACUACAGAAAGCUGAAAAGCGACUGUGGCUUUGUCCUGGACCUGCUAUGUACCAUUAUUAACAGUAUAGGGGCUAAUUGCAUCAUCCUAGAUGGCUUGGAUGAGUUAAAUGAGAUCUCCUGGAAGCAUCUCCUCUCCAACGUAUUGGAAGUCAGCGAGAAAUGCCCAGCGGUGAAACUUCUGAUAAGCAGUAGGGAAGAGCGCGAAAUAUCAUUACGGCUCGAGAAGAAAUCCAUACCUAUUCGAGUCAAUUCCAGAAAUAAUCAGGACAUCCACUCAUUUGUCCAGCUUGAGUGUGAAGACAUCAUUGACGAAAAGAAAAGAUACGGAGCAGAUGAGCGAAUGUGCAUUAGAAUCAGAGAAGCACUCGAAACCAUUACGGAAAAGUCGGAAGGAAAGUUACUUCUUGAAGACGAACUGAUGGUGAGGGAUCAAGGAACUCUCUACGACAUCGAGAUGCAAAUGAAAAACCUCCCGGAUGGGUUGGAUCAAGCCUAUGGCCGCCUCCUUGAUAGGAUCAAGAACAAACUCGCGCAAGCACUCCGCAAUGUCGUGCGUACGAUAUUACAAUGGGUAGCUUGCGCUCAGAGGCCCCUGAGAGAAGAAGAGAUACUACAAAUACUUGCUAUAGAACCUGGCAAGCCUGAUUUCACCAAGGGGCGUAAGGAAUUUCGUGACAUUUUCAAAGCAUGCGGCCCAAUAAUUGAAGUUCAAAGCGGUACCGUUCGAUUUAUUCAUUUCUCUGCUAAAGAAUACCUUCUUCAUGAACAGAGCGGCGGUUUCUUAAAUCUUGUCGAAGCGCAUCUUGAUGCUACCCUACUUUGCACGACAUACCUAUCGUUCUCAUCGUUGAAUUCGUUAUUCCAUUUCUAUUCCCCUGCGGGAGAAGCAGACGACAUUCAAAGGCGGGCCAAGGACGGCGACUAUGUUAUGUUUGAAUACACGUCGGCAUUCUUUCUAGAGCAUCUGGAAACAUACUUGCAGAGCCAAGGUCUAGAUGUAGACAAUUAUCUUAUCACAAACCUGAGACAGCUCCAAAAGACCCGACACAAUAUUUCAGCGAAUAAAAAUCAUAUUGCAGCUCAAUUUCGUCACAUGUUCAAGGGCUUAGCGAAUACACCCGAUCUUCAAAACUUCCUUUCAGCCGUGGCCCGCUUCCAAACACAAGCCCAGCAUGGGUCAAUCAAUCAAGACGAUCACUCAAUGAACGACCCUCUCCAGAUAUUCCCAGCCAGACGAAGGCUUCGGCAAGCCAUCGAAAGCAUGUUGUGCCAGGAACCAGACCAUGUGGUUGACUGUCAUUGUAGGCACCUGGAACGUCUUUACGGAGCGAAGAUAUACCAUUGCGAUCAAUAUUUCUGCUGGGCUUACAAGGACGGGCUUGAGUCGAAAGAAGCCAGGGACAAACACUUAGAGAUCCACAAGCGGCCACACAAAUGCUCUAUGGUGAACUGUCUAUUUUCAGAAAUAGGCUUCCGUGAUGUGACCGAGCUUCGAAGGCAUACAGAGGCGGUGCAUACUCCUAGUAUUUUCGAAACAAGUCGUCAAAAUCCUAACUCAUUACCCAUUCAACCCUCAAGCAAUAUGUUUGAUGCUCUUAAAAGCGCUAUAAUCCUAGACCAACAACAAGCACUCCGAGAUAUGUUAAUUGGAAUACGCAAGGAAAACAUGUCAUCUAAUGAAUGGGAGAUACUUUUAUGUCACGCUUGUUGGAAAGCAUCGUCAAACACUCUAUCUUGUCUACUUGAUAACCCAAGAUUGCAUCCAGACCUUUAUUCAUUAGGAUUAGCCGUGGCAUUAGAUGCAAAAAACUUACCAAAUGUCAAGCUCUUACUCUCCCGUGGGACAGAAAUGUCAGACAGCAUAAGGCUCGAGAACACCUGGCCGGAUGUCCCUGAUACAUCAUUUAAUAUAUAUCCUGGGAGAUAUGUAUCCGGAUACAUUCGCGCGCUGGGGGCUUGGAGUCCAAACUUGGUAGCUUACUUGGUUAACGAGUGUCAAGUUGAAUUCCCCGAAGCAAUCGAUCAACCAGAACUGAUCUUUGGCAGUCGUCGGAUAAGCUUAUAUACCCCCGACGAACUGAUGAAGCGCUUUGAUGGGAUAAAGCAGUACAUUAUUUGGCCCGAAGCAUAUACUGAAGGGGUUAUAAUGGCUACGAUACAGGCUGAAAGUGCUGUAGCUGUUAGAAUCUGCCUGGAAAAUGGAGGUGAUCCAAAUGCAACUGCACCUUUGAGACAUGGCAGCAGGAUACAAAAAAGAGCAUUGUAUCAUGCUAUAUCACUUGGGGAUGAGAGAGGUGCCGAGAUAGCGAAGGUGCUUCUGAAAUAUGGUGCAAGGACAGAAGGCUUAGACCUUCACAAAAAGAAGAUUCGCAGAAAAAUGGCAUCAAUUGAGAAGUGCUUUGGGUGUGAAUGGGGAGACAUUGUUCGCAGAAUUCAAGCAGGCGAGGACCUUGCUAUAACCCCGCUUCGAAGCCAAAGGAGAACAUAAGAUAAUUCGAAGGAUGCUCACUGAAGCUGUACUAGACUCUCGUACCUUAACUAGCAAUAAUUCUCCUGGGUAGGUAUCAUAUAAUAAAUACAGGGUGAAUGCUAAUGUGUACAUAUCCCUGGCAAAUUCCCUUAUAUCCUUUCCAAAAGCUAUAUCAGGUACCUAACCUAACCAGUAUAUGAAGUAUAAAUGUUACAUUAGGCGUAUAUCUGGGUAUAUGUUACGGUACUGUCCUUAUAGAUGA